GAUGGUUCAAAGCGCCAGGCAGGGGUGCUGAACCCUCUUAGACUCAGAGCCGGCGGCCUAUACCGACCGGUAUUACAAAUGCUUAGGGGCAGGCCCAGUCACUCCCAGUGUAUAAAAACCCGCUGGAAAGCAUAUCCCCUUAGUGCCCGUCCAUCCUCGGGGCAAGCGUUGCUUCCAUUCUGACCAUAUUCACUACCCAAAAAGCAACGAACCGUGACAAAUAAACCCAACAAACAAGCACGGAGACACCCCGAAGAGCAAUGUCUUCUCUAUCCUUCACGCCCGUUGCGUUGUUUGGUGGUGCGAUUAGAGCCGCUAUACCGCAAAACUUCAGAGAUGCAGCGUAGCCCCCCCCCCCCCCCACAAACUAAACCCUCCCCCAACACCAAGGCCACUGCUAAUGAACAGGUAAACGAAAACAGCGACUUCCGUCAAGUCCCCGAUACCCAGGAGGUCUAUGUUUCUAUGGAGGAGGGGGUGGACAUAAGCGUGGUAAUCGACUUGAACCAACGGGUGCAAGCCCCCAGCGAUGUGGAGGCGCUAGACAUACAUUUCCAAGACGUCGCCGACGACCAAGGCCGCUCCUUCGCCGUGGUGUCCAAAGAGACCAUAACUCUCCCAAAAAUGUAACCCCCAAUUCCGGCCUCUGUCAGAUAGAGGGAAAAACUGAUCGCAGGAACCUAGGGCGGAUAAACCAACCUACAUGUUAACCGGAACAAUCUCUUCCCGGCCCAGCGAGGACCCAGAAUGCUUCGUUGGGAUAUUGAUGACGCUGGUACGGCUACCACAGCAAACGACGGACAUGCUAAUCACCGUCAACAUCCCGUUUAGCACCUCGGAGUUGGUGCGGGCGGAGAAAUACCUUGUCUCCCCGCGGGUAAGAACCACAGGUGGGGGCGGGGAGAAGAGUCAAUUGUUGAGGUUGGGUAUGGCGGUUUUGGAGGGCGUGUUGCGCGAGUUCGAGGUUUUGGAUUGGGGGCUUUUCUUGGAGGAUGUGCCGGAGGAGGAGGUGCAUGGAGACGUGGAGAUGGAGGGAGUGAGAGCUGCUUAGAGAUAUUAUACCGGUAUAGAAGGUGAUCGGCGCGGGGCUAUGGCUAGAUGAGAUUACGUAGGGUAUGAAAUGCGGAAUCGAGAAUCAUAUAUUUGGUUGGGGUUGAUGAUAAGAACUUACAGAGGUAUCGACGGUCCAACGGUGGGUCUCGCGGCCGAUUGAACGCACACAUUUCUCUGUCAUAACUUAAUUUAAAAUCGCUCCCCUAGGGCUUCUGCUCGACAGUGUGGACGGGGCAACAUUCCCGCUCUUCACUGAUGAUCGCUCGAGGGACAC